AUGUCCAACUCAGAAUCAGGCACCAGUGUCCAUUUACCACCCGAAUGGACAUUGACAAGCUCCCUUCACAUUGCAGGCUAUCAUUUCCAGUCCGUGGUGAGUCCCACUUUGUCCCACGGUGUCACUGUCAACGUGGUGUAUGGCUACAGAAUCUCCAACAAGACGCCAGUGAUGGCCAAAGUUUCAAGUAGUUCUUUUCAGUUGGAACGCGAAUUUUAUGUGAUGCGAAAACUGUACAACCUCCCUGACGGUGGAUCGUAUAUCGUACAACCGAUCGAAUUGGUGCAUCUUUCCAAUGGUCUUUCAGUCGCCAUUUAUGCAAAUGAGGGAUCUACUUGUUUUCUGGAUCAACGUCGACCUUCAGCAUCCGUUCAUGAUCAAGGGGAUGGUGGUAUCGAUGAUGGGGCUAGCACAACCACCACGAGUAGUCAUAGCAACACCGUUCUACGUACACGAACGUAUCCAGGCAACCUACCCACCACAGCGCAUUCUCUUGGUGAUCAUCCACAGCAACAAAAUCCCAUCACUACAGCUUAUCAUGAUUUGGGAUCCUUUUUACGACUUGCUAUCCAAUGUACGGAUUGUUUGGAAUACAUCCAUCGUAACAACACAGUGCAUGGUGAAAUUCGGUUAUCGGCAUUUCAGUGGAAGGAGAUGGAUGAUGAGGCAAUAAGCAUCAAGAUGUGGAAUUUUGGAUCCGGCAAAUCAUUUCAGUCGUACUUGACGAGUGAUGGAUGGAAAAAGGCAGCCAACAAUAAGCAUGUGUCACAGAUGUUGCAACGGCUUUUGGUGUACAUGAGCCCUGAACAAACAGGCCGAACCACGCAUUUACCUGAUCAUCGCACCGAUAUUUAUUCUCUCGGCAUUGUUUUUUAUAUCCUCCUGACACGACAAACACCCUUUGAUGGAGCGGGUCCUCUCGAAGUGAUCAAUAGCAUUGUCAGCCGUAAGGUGCCUCUGGUGCAUGAUUUGAGAUGGGACAUUCCCGAGAUCUUAUCACGUAUCAUUGAGAAAAUGACGAGCAAGGCACCUGAUGACCGAUAUUCCAGUGCUUAUGGUGUACGGGCGGAUCUCAAAGAAUGCUUGAAAAGAUUGCGCGCUGGGAGCAGUAAUAACGAAGAGACCAUACCAUCAUUUCCACUUGGCCAACAAGAUGUUGCAUCGGUUUUCACCUUGCCCAAAUCCAUCUAUGGUCGUCAAGCUAUCCUUGAUCAAUUGACACAAGCGAUUGAUAGAUACGUGCAGGAGUAUAAACCUAUGAGACCAGCACACAGCAGCAUAGCAUCUUCCAUCCGUUCAGUAUCUGGAACCGGCAAUAGUAGUGGGAGUGCACAUACCAGUAGCCAUGGGAGCGUUAUCUCUGACACAUGCAGCGAGACAUCUUCCAAUCACCUUGGCAGCAGCAGUAUCCAAAGGACUCUCUCUUUGCAUCAUAGUGGAGGAGGCUUGGAGAGUGAGGAAUGUAGUAUCUAUGGUGGGACCUCUACAAGCAAACGUCGCAGAAAUGCAACAACCAUUGUGAGUUUAUACGGUCCAGGUGGCAUAGGCAAAUCCACGCUCUUUAUGGCUGUUCAGGCAACCGCAAGGAAACAUGGAUAUAUUGCCACCAUCAAGUUUGAUUCAAGAAACAAAACGCCUUAUAGCGGUGUGUUACGUGCAUUAUCACAAAUCUUGCAGCAAAUCUUGUCCGAAUCCGAGAACGACAUUCGACUCUUUUAUGAUAAUCUCAAAGCUCAUUUGGGUGCCCAAUUCUGCAACAUCAAGCUACUAGCUGAGUUUAUCCCUGAAUUGAACACGCUUGUCUUUGAUCCCAUCCAUGACAACAACAACAACAAUGAAGCAGCACCGAGUGACGCAUACAGCAUGGAUAAUGAUGAGACCCAAGCGCGUUUUCACAAUGUCUUUAUUGAAACUUUACGUGUCAUCACCCAUUGGAAAAUGGUUACUUUGUUCUUUGACGAUUUACAUCAAGCUGAUGAUCACUCGAUUGAAAUGAUUAGCAGUUUGAUCCAUGCGCGCGUCAAGAUUCUCAUGUUUGUGAAUUACCGUGAUCAAGAAGUAUCCGACAAGCUGGGUGACAUGCUAGAAAAGGAAGCCUCCAGCAUUACAUUUAUCAACGUGGAUGCGCUGGAUAUGGAUGCCAUGAUUGAUUUCCUUUGUGAUACGCUGCAUCGACCAAGAGAGGAUCUGGUUCCAUUGGCUGAGAUUAUCUUGAAAAAGACAGCAGGCAAUGCAUUCUACACGGCACAGCUCUUACGCACACUUUAUCGCAAAAAGCUCUUGUACUUCAUUUGGGAACGCAACGAAUGGGAUUUCAACUUGGCCAAGAUCCGUGAUGGAGCGAGUUACAGCAAACACGCCCAAAUGCAGCUUGAUGUCUCGUUUAUGGUGGCACGACUCAGGGAAUUGUCACGUGGCAGCCAACAAGUCUUGAAAUGGGCAUCGUUUAUAGGCGACACGUUUUCAUGGACCACAGUCAAACACCUGAUAUUGAAUUCGGAUGAUGAUACAAGCAGCGUUGAGUCAUCGUCAGCAGCCAGUGUCGAGGAUAAUGAAUCAUCCACCGAUCUUAGUUCCAUGGAUCGCACAACGCAUUCUUUGGGUGUGGGUACCAGUAGCAGCAGCAGCAGCAGUCGUCCAACAUUGAGUUCUCGUACAUCAUCAUCGCAAGAUCCUUUGAGUGGUUUGCAAUCAGUGCUUCAAGAAGGUUACAUUAUGCCAUUGGGAGAUGAUGAAUUCAAGUGGAGCCAUGAUCGUAUCACACAAGCGGCAGGCGAGCUAGCGAGUCCAAAAUCACGUAGCAAAAUCCAUCUUGCCAUUGCUCAAUAUAUGAUGAAAGAAAAGGACACGGACACAUUUCUGAUUGCGGAUCAUCUCUUGAAAUGCCGAGAGCUUUUGGAUGGAUUGGAAGAUAAGAAACCUUAUCAACAAAUCAUGAUGGAUGCAGGCAACAAAGGUCGAUCUUCGGGUGCCCAUGGCAUGGCCUUUCAGUUUUAUGAUGCAGCGAUCCAACUUGGUGAUCCAGCCACCGAAUGGGAAGAUGACGAUGAAUACAACACGACAUUGCAUUUAUAUACCAGUGCCUUAUCGCUGAGUUGGGUGGUUGGUCAAUACGAACGCACGGAGGAGUUAUUGGAUAUCAUUUUUCAACAUGCACGCACGCCCCUGGAUCGAAUGACAGCUUAUCGAGUACAAGCGAAGUACUACUUUAGCACGCAGAUGCAUGACAAGGGACGUGAAACGCUUCAUCGUUGUCUUGAAGAUCUUGGAGAAGAUACAGCCAAAUUCAGCACCAUCACAACCCAACAACUUGAACAGCUCUAUUUUGAUGUGGAGAAAAGGAUGUUGGAAAUGGGCGAGAACGUAACGAAUAUGCCAGCAUCACAAGAUCCAAUGCUACGUGCGAUCACUUCUAUCAUGGAAGAAUUAACGGCUAUAGCGUAUUGGAGUGGAGAAAAACACGAGUUUUAUUAUUGUGCCAUCCGCAUUGUGGAGAUCUCGUUGAUCAAAGGCGUAACACCCUGUACAGGCGUUGGAUGUCAAUAUUCGGGUAUCGGCUAUGCGACACUCUACAAGAAAUAUGCCUUUGCAGAAGAAAUUGGAGCCAUUGGAUUGGCACUAUUGGAUAAGCAUGCUGGACCCUACGAGAAAGGAAGAGCCUAUAUGAUGUACGCCGUGUUCAAUAUUCGUUGGAAGUAUCAUCAUCGGGAAGCUCUAAAGUACUUUGAAGCGGGGAUCAAUGUUGCUUAUUCGGCGGGAGAUCGAAUUUAUCAGUCAUUCAAUCAAGUCCAUCGACUCGUGGUUCUUUUGGGAUUGAACAGGAACCUUGCUGACACACUACACGAAGCCGAACGCAACUAUGAGGAUAUUCAUGCAUGGUCAUCUUCGGUGGACAGCAACAUGUUUGCCAUUUGUAUCAUUCGGCUGUGUCGCGCUUUGGCUGGUCACACAUUCACUGAUACACCUCACGUUUUUGAUGGCGAUGACGGCUUCAAUGAUGAGCAUUUUGUCAAGGAGAGCAUACAGUACAGCUCGAAUCCGGAAUUGCUGCUAGGCUGGUAUGACGCAUUCAAAAUCAUACCGCUGGCACUUUAUGGUCACGUGGAUGCUGCGAUUGAUCUCGGCUACGAAAGAUUGGAAAGCGUGGAAGGACAUCCUUGUCAUCGUCACACACGAAUCAUGCUUCAUUACUUUUCAUUGGCGCUUGCAUGCAAAAUACGUGACAACAAGGAUAUGGACCCUGCAUUACGACGCAUGUACUAUGCACAAAUCAAGGAGAACCAAGACAAGGUGUAUGAAUGGGCCGAGCAUAGUCCCGACAAUUACAUGAUGUAUUGGACAUUGAUCGAAGCUGAAGUGGCCAGCCUGGAAGACAAUGUGGAUAUUGUAAAGACCUGUCGACUCUAUGAGGACGCCAUUGAUCAAGCACGACAAGGUGGAUGGCAUCUGGCGGUGUGUAUUGCACAUGAAUUUGCGGGUCUAUUUUAUGAGCGGAUUGGAUUACGUAAUGUGGCGUAUACCUUGAUCAGAAAGGCCAUUGACCUCUAUAUGACGCAUGGAGCACACGGCAAGGCACGCCAUGUGGCUAGCACAAAAUCCAGUAUACUCGCUGAAUUUGAUCAUUACAAUUGCCAGGCGUAUGAUACCGGUGUCCAAACGGAUCUUCCUUACCUUGUCGAUCAGCAGCAGAAUGCCAUGAGUAUAUCAUCCAGCUUUGAAGAGCAUCAGCAGUCCAUGCCUACAACAACAGCAGCCAACGAACCCUAUACAUCUGAAUCGAUUCCCCCAGUGACUACAGAAGAGACAUUAAUGACGCUUGAUAUCGUUGACAUGGCCUCCAUCCUCAAGAGUUCGCAGGUGAUGUCGUCAGAGAUCAAGUUUGACCGCCUCUUAUCAUCGAUGCAAAACAUCAUCUUCGAGAAUGCGGGUGCUGAAUCAGGAGCCAUUAUUUUGGAAACGAAUAUCAACAAUGAAGGGGAAGGGAGCACUGCUCGUGGGUACAUUAAGCAAUCCAAGUUUGCUGUGUGUGCCUAUCGCCACCAAAAGGAUGAAGAUGCCACCACGUACAAUCCUCCACGUAAACUAUCUGAGGCCGAAGACCUUGUAUCAAGUCGCAUUAUCAAUCACACCAUCCAUACGCGGGAAAGCAUUUUUAUUCCGGAUGUGGAGCAGGAUCCUCGAUUUGCUGUUGGCCCAUGGUUUGAGCGUGCCGGUAGAAAAUCAGUCAUUUGUAUGCCCAUCAUCCACAAAAACAUCAUUGCUGGAUGUUUGUUUAUUGAAGGCUCCGUUGGCUCAUUUACUCAAAGGCAUAUCACUGUGCUUGGUCUUCUUUGCCAGCAAAUGGGUAUUUCGGUUACCAAUGCAUUUUUGUUCAUGUCCGUGAACAAGGUCACCAAGGAUAACUACAGGAUGAUUGAGAAUCAAAAGCGAGCCCUUGAAGAAGCACGUAAGAGCAAGGAGGCAGCGGAUCGAGCAACACGUCUACGGGAAAUCUUUUUGGCCAACAUGAGUCACGAGAUCCGGACCCCCUUUUCAGGCUUUUAUGGCAUGAUCUCCUUACUGGCAGACACCGAUCUUACAAUGGAUCAAAUGGACCUGGUGCUUACGGCCAAGCAGAGUUGUGAGAAUCUUCUUGGUAUUAUUGAUGAUUUGCUCAAUUUCUCCAAGCUUCAAGCGGGAAAAGUCGCUUUGGAUUUGGCUCCUACCUUGGUUGAGGACAUGAUUGGCGACGUGAUUGAGAUGCUUAUCGCUAUGGCUGCUCAAAAGCAGAUCAACGUGACCUAUACCAUUGCUCAUGAUGUGCCAUCCGUUAUUCUUGCUGAUGCGAACCGGGUCAAGCAGAUCAUUAUCAACCUCCUUGGCAAUGCAAUCAAAUUUACAGAACAUGGCGAAAUCAGCAUCCGAUGCACCAUCGACAGGCAAGCUGCAAGUAAAACGAAGCGACCUUCGUCGGACAUGGUACCUCUAUUGAUUGAAGUGAUUGACACCGGCAUUGGGAUCAGUGAAGAGCAGCGAAAGAUGUUGUUUGUUCCAUUUUCUCAAGUGGAUGGCAGUACAACACGCAAGUAUGGCGGCACAGGGCUUGGAUUAUCGAUUUGUUUGCAGCUGGUGGAGCUUAUGUCUGGAAGAAUUGAUGUGACAAGCACGCCUGGGAAAGGAUCCAACUUUAAUUUCACCAUUCAAGUGAAGCGGUUACAAGAAGAAUCAACACGACGCAACAAUGAGGUCGCUAUCAAUUUAGACAAGCUGCAUGGUGUUCGAAUCUUGGUCGCUGAUAAGCACGUGUCAACCGUUGCCAUGGUUCGCCAACUGUUGCCAGGCACCAAGGUGGAAGGCGUAUGCACAAUCCCAGAAUUACAGCAAUUAAUGCCACACCAUUAUGACGCCAUCAUUAUCGGCAUGUCGCUAUCCCAGUCACCUGAUCACCAUGAAUGGUGGAGUCAUCUCAAAUCCUUCGUCAACAAUGUCAAAUGUGGCACCAUCAUUAUGCAUUACCCAAGUCGACAAAUGGGUAUGAUUGGAUUCGACAAUACGCUUCAACCGACUCUCUCCUCCUCUUCUUCUUCUACACCUUUUAUGGCAUCUGAAAAUGCACGAGGAUCUUCAACAGUGGCAAGGAUCGCUAUUCCUCUUCGACGUCGCAAGCUAUUGCAAAGCAUGCUGAGUUUGCUAGAGCCCACGUUACAACAACAAAGCAUCCCACUCUUACAAUGGAGCAGUAGCACCGGGACCAUGGAAGCCAUCGAUCAUGGAAAGAUCACGGAUGAGGAGAAGGCUGUUUUUAGCACAAUGCAUAUCCUUGUGGCGGAAGACAAUCCAGUGGCACAAAAACUCUUGUACAAACAACUUACUCGAUUGGGAUUUCAAGUGGCAUGUGCCAAUGAUGGUUUGGAAGCAGUGGAGACAUGGAAAAAGCAUCCAGCAGGUUACUUUCAAAUGGGUUUCUUCGAUCACCACAUGCCCAAUUGCGACGGCGUCCAAGCAACGAAAACGAUACGAGCUAUUGAAGCGGAUGAACAACGCACAACCCUUCUCCCUAUUGUUGCAUUGACAGCGGAUGUACAGCAAUGUGCACAAGAUACAUGUAUCAGAGCAGGCAUGAAUGAGUACCUUACAAAACCCAUGAAUCAGAAAUCAUUAGCGGCAGUGUUACGUUCAUAUUGUAUGCGGCAUUAA